AGGCAGCAACUACAUCAAAACCGCUAAGUUAUAUCCAGUAAGACAAAAUUAGACCUCUAGAUGGUCAGUCUUAGAAAUUAGAUCAAUCUCAGAUACAGAUACCAGCAACACUUCUUGAGUCUAUUUGGCAACCUUACACACUUCUCUUGGUGUUGCUAGAGAGAUCACUGCAUCACACCCGCUUAACAAGAACUCCAUCAUCCUGCGCAAGGAAUAACUACACCGAAGAACAACCAAACAACAUCCACUUACUACUUCGUACUUCCAAGAAAGCUUGCUACAACAAUUACUUCACAACAUAAUUUUGAUUUUGUGAUUUUUGUGACCUUCCACGUACUAGUACUACAAACCAAUCAGCAAAAAAAUGUUACCGCCACACCGUCCUCCUCCCGUGCCUGAAGGUUCGCCGAGACCUGCCUUCAAAAUUCCGCAGGGUCCUCCGCCAGCCGGGCCACCUUCGUCCUUCCAGCUACCGCCAAGUGGCCCACCGCCGCCCAGCGGACCGCCGAAGGUAAGAUGGAUGAAAAUGGAUAAGGUUCCUACUGGAGAAACAACAAGAUCAAAUGUAUUAUACGGGGAAGUACUUACAUGUACUAUUAGGACUUUCAUGUACUUAUACUAUCGCUACUAGUACAUGAACUUCAUUAGGAUACUAGAAUGACAUGAUCAUGAGAGGCAGAAACUGAAGUACUAGAAAUAACUCUCAACCACUCUCCAUCCUUCCCCAGGUCGCCCCACCCGGUCUAUUGCCGCAUCCACCACCGCCAUUACAGCCACCUUCGUUACCUCGCACAACAGUUGGCUCCAUUAGGUCGCCACCGGAGUCCUCGCCUCCGCCACCUCACCAUCACCAGAUGUCAAUGAGUGUAAAUGUCUUUGCACCGGCCACCACUUUGGGACCAAUGAAUAGUACUGCUUCUUCAUCAACGAGUAGUAGUAAUGCGACACCUGGUGGCGCUGUUGGUGUUGAAGGAGUCGUGGAGAAUCAACAGAUGAACUCUACUGGUGCUUCAAAUUCUUUUACACAGUCAACAAAUUCUUUUAUGCAACAUCAUCAUCAAGCAGGACAUCAGAUUAUAGAUCAUGCAGCACAGCAACAGGAAUCACAUCUGCAGCAUCAGCAGAGUCAACAUACCAGAACUAGUCAUGCCACAGCUUCCUCUUCCUUUAAGGGUUUCCGAAUUUCUUUUCUCACUACCAUCCCCGACCCUUUUCCUAGUAGAACAGACGCCAGGGAUGUUCUGAAGAAUGUAACUCCGUAACCUCUAACUACUCCAGAUCAGGGAAGGACUAUGGCCUACUAGGCAUCCUGGAUGUGAUCAAGAUGACAGACCCGGAUUUAACCACAUUGGCGUUGGGAAUCGACAUUACCACUUUAGUUAAGGGCAGGCAUUUGGUGUAGUUUCUGUUGCCGUUGUUAGUUUUGGGUUUGGCAAUGCAGCCUUUCCUGAAGGGGGAAGCGAAAAGCAUAGCUAAUCCCAGCGGAGGAAGCUAAGAAAGAACUCCAAAAUGCUCGCUCUAAUGUAGGCCUGAACCUUAAUUCUUCAGGGUCUCUAUGCCAUAGUUUCCGAUCACCCUUCAGGGAAGACGAGUUUGUGAGUCCUUUUGGGCGUAGAAGACCGCCGCCGCCGUCAGGACAACCUUGCGAACUGCAUAUAACGUCUUCUAGUACUUAUCCUUGUAGUUCUAGAAACACAACAGGACGUAAUGUUAUGAGAGCAGGAUUUUUUCACUAGAGUCAUCUUGAAAAAGAUAGAGUUAGAAAUCUUAGUAGAAGGUUAGAAGGGGAACGGUUCUUAGUAGUCCCGAAGAUGACUUGCCAAUACCAAUUCGAAAUGAGCACUUCAUCUUAUUCUUGUACAGUACUAAUACUAGCAACAAGGCAGCAGCAGCAACAACAAGUACCAAUCCAUCUACAGGAGGGUCGCCUUCGUUUUACGACACGGAUGCGUGGAUAGCACCAUCAUACUACGCGCAGCCACCGCAAUUGAAGACUAGUCAUUUGCAGAAAUUUGCGAUUGAGACCUUGCUCUACAUCUUCUAUCAAAUGCCUGCUGAUGUGCUGCAAGCCUACGUUGCGACAGAGCUUUACCUGCGAAACUGGAGAUACCAACCGAAAAGCCAGUAUCUACCAUAUACUUAUAUGUAGUUAAUAUCCUAAUUAUACUUUCUUAUGUCUAAUAUCCUAAUCGUCCUAAUCCUCGUGAUAGUCCUUCGUUGUCGUGCUAGAUUUUGAUUUACCUACAGUACUAUGAAUGUAUCGUUCGAUGAAGUUCUUGAGUUUGAUGAAUAUUCAUUGAAGAAGUAGAAGCUCAGGCUCAUUUGAGCAGGUGCUGUGGUGCUCCAUCAAUGUCAAUCCUCGAAUUUUUCAACGUUCGUUUUGCCAUAUGAGGACGAAGUUAAAGUUGCUCUAGACUGAUUUAAGUUGCGUCGAAUCAAUCUGUCAGAUGAAAGUAGCUCCUCAGAAAAUGAAAUUCAGGCGAUGGUACGAGAGAUCGAAUACUGGCGAAUGGUUUUGCUGGGAUCCUAUCGCAUGGGAACGGUGUCAGGUGCAGCAUGUGGAGGAAGGCGAUUUUCUCGCUGAAGACAGUAUCCGCCUCAAUAUCAAAACAGCUGAAGUUGUCACUGCGGGAGGUGGAGCUGGAAGGGAAGCGUGACGUCAAAGAAAAAGAAAACAUCGGGAACUGCUGUGUUGAGAAAGAGGGGCAUAAUAUGGUGAUGGGGAUACAUCUCGACAAGGAAUGUAUUUUCGAUCGGGGUUAACUGGUUAACGAAAAGUAAAAGGGAUCGAAUUGACCUUGGGAACUUUGCAGUUUUGUAACAACUACGCACUUACUCAAAUUUUUGUAAACCAUAGAAAUAAAGCUGAAGCUAGUGAUUACAAGCCUCUUCAUGCAUAUCCAUCAUAUUUUGGAGAAAUAAUAUCCAUUCUAAAUCUAAAAGUCUAGAAGCUCUGCGAUUUAAGGGCUUGCUUUAACACGACUCAAAUUUAACGAACAACAUCUAGUGUUUUUCAGAUGAAGUGAUAUGAAUUCCUACCAGAAAACAUUUCGAUCGGACCUGUCCCUUUAAGGGUACGCGUUCCCUCAUAGCUCGGAGGCGACUCUAUCUAUCAAAUGCCUUCCCCAAACUCUAAGGUGGAUAUUUCAAUGAUAUCAGGCAAUCACAUGUCUCUAACCACUUGCUAUCUACGCGCAAGCAGCACCACCUUCUCUCCAAUAAAAUCAGUAUUAUCGUCAGUUCUCUUCCUGUCAUUAACAUGAAUUUGGGUUGACAGUCGAUGACAACUGCUGUAAAUGAUCAACGUGCUUUUUACUACGAACACACACUCAGGAGCGGACCCGGGGAUUAACAAGUGCAAUAGAAAUACUGCUUUUAGGUUUUUAUUAAGCGAUCAAUUUCAAGUAGCGCAAAUUAUACCUCUCCAAUCUGCUUAUCUGACAUCGGUCAUAACUUGGAG